GUCUUACAGAUUUUACGAGUGAUAAACAGCGCCAGAAAGACGCUUGAUGUGAUGCAGUGCUGUAGAAACUGCUGCAGUGUGUAGUGUAGUGUAGUGUUCAUGCCGGUAAGAACCUGGAGUCCGAGUAACAUGAACGCAGGAGGAGAACUGCAACCGUCUCCGUGUCAAGUGGACUUGAAGAAAGAAAGUGAAAAAUGCUGAGCGCCUUCAGUGAAACCGGAGCACCACUCACAACAUGAGGCAUGUCGGUUUGAGCGUCGAUAUGAACUAUGUGCUGAAGAUAAGAUAGAGCAGCCGAGUUUUAUUGUCAACUGGUUUUCAGCUGCUUGCGAAAGGCACCUGCAAGAAACAUCCAUCAGUCAGAAGACUUUCCUGUCCCGGACUAGUUUAUCUGGAGCUGGAGAAUGAUGGAGACGCUCACUGACGUUUUACUAGUCACUGCAAAUGUAGGCUCGUUAUUUGACAACCUGGGUGAAAUCCAGAAUGACUGGCUGCGAGAGUUCUUCACAACUGUGGACAGAUACAAGCCCCGCUUCGUCGCCCUGCACUUUCAGGAGGUCGGGGGGAAGGACUACAAGGCCAACAUGGCUCACGCUGAAAACUUCUUCUGGACCAUCGAGUCCAGCUCGGAGAUGUCAGAGUUUGACCGAGCGUGUGUCUACGUAGACAGCGACUUCAAGACAGAGGACAACUUCACGGCCCUCGGGAGCAUGUACUUCAUCCACAAAUCUCUGGAGAACAUCCAGCAAUACGAUUUCAAUGCAAAGGAGUUCAAAUUGGUGUCGGGACGCAACAAGUACGCAGGUUCGCUGUACGGAGUCACGACAGUGGAGAAGGAGAAGUUCCAGAGGGACUUUUGGCCAGAUAGAAAGUGGUCAAGAAAAGGAUACAUGAGGACACGGUGGAUGAUUCACAACCAGGGCCUGGACUUGGUGAACGUACACCUUUUUCACGACGCUUCAAACCUCGUGGCCUGCAAAUCCAGUCCCUCGGUGUACUCCACAUAUCGACAGAAAGCUCUCCUCUACGUCAUCAGCAGGAUAUCUGAUGACUUCAGCCCACUGCCAUUCUUCCUGUUUGGAGAUUUUAACUUCCGCCUCGAUACACUAAGUCUAGUACAGGACCUCUCCACAUCUGCAGAAGUACAGAUGGUGAUGAAGGACAGCACUAACGAAGUGGAGAAAAUCAUCUAUGAGGAGAAAGGCAACGACCACAAGCAGGUGCUAUUUCAAAUAGAGACUAAGCGGUUUUUAUACCUGCACCACAAACUCUUCAGAGAGGACACUGGACGAGAGCUCCUGGAGUACGACAGGGAGAGAGCGGCCUUCCAGGACAUCAUCACAGAAGAGGAGAUUCUGUUUCCUCCCAGUUAUCCCUACAGUGAAGACUACACUAAACCCACGCAGUACAUGAACACUCGAUGUCCAUCCUGGUGUGAUCGCAUCCUCAUGUCCCACAAUGCACAGGACGUCAUCUACAGGAGAAAUGGAGACGGUAACAUUGUAUACAACAUCCUGGGACCAAAGGUCUGCAUGGGAGACCACAAGCCUGUCUUCUUGUUCUUUGCACUGAAAUCCAACAUCCAGUGAUGUAGAAUAUGGACCCAUUAAAGGGUUUGCUGGUUUGCAUCCAUGGAGAAGAACAGGGUUUAGGGACGGCUGUUCUUCGGCUACAAUAACUCACAACCUGCGUAGACCUCAAACCGCACACAAGAAAGGGGCAUAUUUCUUAAAGAGAAAUUAAGCAAACAAACCGUAGUACACAUUCUACAGUUUUACAGUUCUCAAGAGAUUUCUUUCCCUCAGUUCUAGAUAUUAUCACCAGUCUUCUGUCUAAAACCUACAAUCUUGGAAUGCAUGCUAAUCACUAGUUGUUUUAUUUUAUUUUAUUUUUUUUAAACUUUAUAUUACUAGCAUGCUUACUGCAAGCUAACUCCACCAUACACCACACACUGCUGAAUUGCACAGGCUGCUCAGUCAACAUUCACCCACUCACAUUCUGAUUUUAAAUACACGUUUUUUUAAGCAUUUAAACCUUUAUGUAGUAUGUGUUCAGUGUUGCUGACGCUUUCACUGUGGCCCUCGAGCUUCUCCGUAUCUCAGCGGUGCUGUAAGUCAGAGAUCCUCAGAUCAAUGGAAUAUGUACGCAGCGACCGCCGGGGACGAUUUCGAAAGCCAUCAGCACUGUGCGAAAUAUGGAAAUCCGUCCCAAAGCAGCGAAGCCUGACAAGCCUGCAGACUUUUAAUUACAGCUUCCGUUUCAGCUACAACCGCUAACAUACAACAACACCCUGUAAAGCUUAAGGUAUAUUCCGUAAUGUUUUUUUUUUUGAGCAUUAUUUUUGGUUGUGAGGUGUGUGAGGGAUGUAGUCAGUCAAAAAUAUAAGAAACUUUUAUUACUGUGAGGAGACCUUAGUCGUCUUAGUUAUCGUUUUCUGCUAAGUAUAACAAGCCAAGUUCAUUACCAAAUCUGGUAUUGUGUCAUCGUCAUGCUGCUAUAAUGGCUCCCAGCAUGAGAAUACUGAUUUCCUGUCUAUACUUAACUAUCUAUUACUAAUAAUCUGGUGGCAAGGCAAGCUAUGUGUCCAGUGGUGUCCUAUAUUCCCUUAAAGAAACACAACCAUGCAACAUAUCUUUAGUUGUAUUAGAUUGAUCUGUGAAUAGUUUUGCAUUUAUUCCUUUAUAUUUGACUUGGAUUUGUUUUGCUUCUUUUAUCCUGGGUUUAUCCUGUUAAUAGCACAGCGGGGUUUUUUAUGAAUUUUAAUUAAGACUCCAUUUUAAGUUUCUUUAGUGGCCUAAUCACACAACGAGUCCCAUCAUGGAUCAUUAAGCUCGCAGUGUAAAGACGACAGACGCGGUCGCAGGUCAUACAGUGGACGUUUUUAGAUUUCAAAACCAAUUUGGUCCACUAAUUAUCAAUAUUCAUUAACCGCCAUUUAGGCAUGCACAAAAAAAAUGAUACAGAUAUGACAAGUAGGCCAUUAUUUCAUUUCCACUAGGAUUUAUCGAUCUAUCCUUGUAAUCUAAAUACCCCCCAACCUGAGAUUUUUUUUUUUUUUUUUUUUUUUUUCGAAUCAGCUCAAUAAUUUACGUGCGAGGGUUAAAUUGCACGGCCCAUUUGUCAAUAAUGGACUUGUUGGAGUUGAUCCAUGAUGGUGCUGGACAUAAUGCAUUGCUCCUGAGAGCUUUGCUCCAAGCUGAAGUUCAAUACGAGGCUGUGAUAUUGCUCAAUGAGAAGCACUGAUGUUCUUUUGGCAUUUGUGAUUUUAAAAUGAGAUCGAAACACUAAUUUUUUUUUUAAACCGUAAUUUAUAUCUUUUGUACAUUGUAAGGGGCACUGAUCGUAGCUGGGAGUCUCUUUGGGCUCAUGUAGCCACUAAUGUUUGCACUUACUGGGGAUGUGUUUUAUUUUACACAGAGUUGACUUAGGACCACUAAGAAUAUUACUGCAGUUUAAGUAGCGUUUUUAGAACGUUUGUUCAAAAAGUGUCAUUAUUUGAAUUAGAGAUUUGAUCACACACAGGGUUGAUAAUACAAACAUAUGUGUGUGUAUAUAUAUAUAUAUAUAUAUAUAUAUAUAUAUAUAUAUAUAUAUAUAUAUAUAUAUAUAGGGUGAUACAAGAAAUGUCAUGUUAUGCCUUACUGGUGUGUGAUACAUCCCUUGAUAUAUAAGAUUUUAAAGCUUUUUUCUUAAAGACGAAACAUACCAAGUGAAAAUGAAAAAAAAAAAACAAGCAAAAACAAAAAACAGCUCUUUAUCAAGUCAAACCAUUUAAUAUCUGCGCUGCAGCUAAAUGAUAUUGAGCUGUAGUUUUUAUAUCUUUAAAAUUUCAUAGUGUUCUGCUUCUAAUGUGAAUUUCAUAACCUCCACUAUUCAUAUUGUAAGACAGUUUAACUAUUAACUCUGCGUAAGAUGUCUACAGCUAUAACCACACUUACAUGGCUUUGCUCCAAAACAAAUGAGCACUUAACACCCUUGAGGUGAAAUGGGUCCAAGUGAUUUUUCCUCUCAUUUUAUUUUGUUUUAUUUGUUCAGACAGACAGAUGAGGGCAGCUUGUCCGGCUCAUCGGCAUGUAAAAGAGGAAAGCCAGUUAAAUCCUGACUUGUCGUAGUCAUUAACACACUCGAGGAAAUUAAUGGCACUGUGAUUCCGGCGGUUUUCAGGGUUUCUGCUGAUUGCCAAGGGGAAAGUUGUCAAUAGAGGGAUGGUGCUUGGAAAAGUCUCACCUUAACAAUUAUAUUCAUUCCCUAAAAUAAUCAACAAAAUUUGCCUAAUGCAUUAUCACAGUAUGUCGUUCUAAGCUUAGGUUCUAUUCAUGAGUCAAGCAGAUUGCGCCAAUUGUGUCAUAUAACGUAUAAAUAUAUCUCAUUUUUAUUCGUUUUGUUUUUCUUUUUGAAUUUCCUGUUUAUCAUAUUUAUCCAAAAGAACAUCAGGAAGCAGUUAUUAGACUGCGUUUAUACCUCUUAAGCAGCUGAAUGUCAAGUUGCUGUUGGCAUUAAACCUAAAAUGAAUGUUUCAUUUUCAAAUGGUAUGUUAACCUAAACUGUAUGUUUUAUUUCCCUAUAAAGUGUAUCUAUAAAUCAUGAAAUGUGUCCUUUGUUAUUUAUACCAAAGAUAAUUUUUGGUUGGAAUAAACCUUGGAAUGGGUUAAAAAAUAAAUAAGUGAUAUUUAAGUGA